UUGCUGGGGUUUGAGAUGCAUUUCUCAGAGAAGCAUGUUUUCGAAGAUGACUUCACUGGAAGUGUUGUUGCUGCUCAUGAAAGGAUUCCUUCUGGAAUCUUGUCUCAGACUAUGAAUUACGUGGGACAGCUUGCAGGUCAGGUGCUGGUUACUGUGAAGGAGCUGUACAAAGGCAUCAAUCAGGCCACUCUUUCGGGAUGCAUCGAUGUCAUUGUGGUUCGGCAGCAGGAUGGUACCUACCAGUGUUCUCCUUUCCAUGUCCGCUUUGGGAAGCUUGGAGUCUUGCGCUCAAAGGAAAAAGUGAUUGAUAUAGAAAUUAAUGGUGAUGCUGUUGAUCUUCAUAUGAAACUGGGUGACAAUGGAGAAGCUUUCUUUGUACAAGAAACCGAAGAGGAAAAUGAAAAAGUUCCUGCAUAUUUGGCCACUUCUCCAAUACCCACUGAAGACCAGUUCUUUAAAGAGAGUGACAAUCAUUUGAAAUCGGGUGAAAAUGAGAGGACAUGUCCCAGCUCAGAAGUUCCACAUGCUGCUGAAACAGAGACUGUAUUCACCCCAGGUUCUGUGAAAAAGAAAAAAAGAAGAAGAAAGAAAUACAAACAAGAUAGCAGGAAGGAAGAUCAAAUCUCUUCUGCUGGAACAGAAGAAAUUUUUGAAAUGGAAAUAAGCUCAGAUGAUGAGAAAGGUGCUCAGCCACUAAGAGGAUCCUCAAAUUCGUCACCAAAGGGUGAAGAACAGAAAGACACUUUGAUUUAUCACUCAAAGGAUCAUUACCCCUUAUCUGAUGGAGACUGGUCCCCUCUGGAGAACCCUUUCUCUGAGCCAGUCUGCCCUAAAAGUGAUUCAGAGCUAGAAGUUAAACCUGCUGAGAGCUUGCUUAGAUCUGAAUCUCAUAUGGAAUGGACAUGGGGAGGAUUCCCAGAAUCAACCAAGAUAAGCAAGAAGGAAAAACUUGAGCAUCCCAGAACAGCUACCAUUACCCCAUCAGAAAAGACUCAUUUUAGGGUCAUCCUCAGCUCUGAUGAAGUUGAAGACGAUGAUGUGGUGAAAGAGUCAGUCUGCACAGUCCUCAAACCUGAACCAAGAACUCAUCCUCUGCUUAAGCAGAUGAAUGUUAAAGAUUCUGUUGCUUCUGCUGUCACAGAACCACAAGAUUCAUUACCAUUAGAUGCUGAUCAUCAUUCCAGACUGGUGGAUCCAUCAGCAGAAACAAAGCCACCAGCAAAAAUUGACUCCCCUUCGAAAAAGAAAGGGGUACACAAGCGAAGUCAUCAUCAGGGGCCUGAUGAUAUCUACUUGGAUGACCUAAAGGCUUUGGAGCCUGAAGUUGCAGCACUUUACUUUCCCAAAAGUGAUUCUGACCCAGGCUUCAGGCAGUGGACGGAGUCUGAUACCCUUUCUGGUUCCCAGUCACCACAAUCCGUAGGAAGUGCUGCUGCUGAUAGUGGCACAGAGUGCUUGUCAGAUUCUGCUAUGGACUUGCCUGAUGUCACACUGUCGCUCUGUGGUGGUCUUAAUGAAAAUGGAGAGAUUUCUAAAGAAAAAUUCAUGGAACAUAUUAUUACCUAUCAUGAAUUUGCCGAAAAUCCAGGACUCAUAGACAAUCCUAAUCUGGUAAUAAGGAUUUAUAACAGGUAUUAUAAUUGGGCAUUGGCUGCUCCAAUGAUUUUGAGUUUGCAGGUGUUUCAGAAAAGUUUGCCCAAGGCUACAGUUGAGUCUUGGGUCAAAGAAAAAAUGCCAAAGAAGUCUGGAAGGUGGUGGUUCUGGCGCAAGAGAGAGAGCAUGACUAAACAGAUACCAGAGGCAAAGGAGGGGAAAUCUGAGACGCAGAGAGCAAAUGAGCUGCCAGCAACUAUAAAAGAGCAAGUUAAUAGUAGACCUGCAGAGGAUGAUUCUUCUAGUGAUGAAGCGUCACAAGAAUUGAAAGAAUCCCUGAAAAUAGACUCUGUCCCAGUGGAGCUUCCAACCCAUGGGAACACUCCAUCUUAUAAGAAGUCGCUCAGACUAUCUUCAGACCAAAUAGCAAAGCUGAAGCUCAGAGACGGCCCUAAUGAUGUGGUAUUUAGCAUUACAACUCAGUAUCAAGGGACUUGUCGGUGUGCAGGAACAAUAUAUCUUUGGAACUGGAAUGACAAAAUCAUCAUAUCGGACAUUGAUGGAACAAUAACCAAGUCUGAUGCUUUAGGGCAGAUCCUCCCACAGCUUGGCAAGGACUGGACUCAUCAGGGCAUUGCCAAACUUUAUCAUUCUAUAAAUGAAAACGGCUACAAGUUUCUGUACUGUUCUGCUCGUGCCAUUGGAAUGGCAGAUAUGACCAGAGGGUACCUGCACUGGGUGAAUGACAAAGGAACGAUUCUCCCGAGGGGUCCUCUCAUGUUGUCUCCCAGCAGUUUGUUCUCUGCCUUUCAUAGGGAAGUAAUAGAAAAGAAGCCUGAAAAGUUCAAAAUCGAAUGUUUGAAUGAUAUCAAGAAUUUGUUUGCUCCUAGUAAACAACCUUUCUAUGCUGCUUUUGGAAACAGGCCCAAUGAUGUGUAUGCCUACAUGCAAGUGGGAGUUCCAGACUGUAGGAUAUUUACUGUGAACCCAAAGGGUGAACUGAUCCAGGAACGGACCAAGGGAAACAAAUCCUCGUAUUUCAGACUAAGUGAGCUUGUGGAACAUGUGUUCCCAUUGCUUAAUAAAGAACAGAGUUCUGCCUUUCCGUGCCCAGAAUUCAGCUCCUUCUGCUACUGGAGAGAGCCUCUUCCUGACCUGAACAUGGAAGACCUCGUCUGAAAAGCACUCCUCUCCUAGAAGUGGGAUUUCAUGUCAGCUAUUCAACUUCAGUUUAAAUGUGAAGAACUUCCUUAACAAAGAUGCUAAUUUAUAUACUGGGUACCAUAAGUGUUACUAAAGAAAUCACUUUAACUGUCAGUUUGAGACAAAGAAAAUGCAAAGCUGCUAUUUUUUUUUUCUUGACGUGGUUUUGUGGGUUUCUUGUUUUGCUUGGUUUUCCUGCCGCGCUUGUCUGUGCGUAACUGUUCUGAGGCGCGUGGGAUCGGCCUGUCCGUGCUGACAGUGGCACCCAAGUGUUUCAUGACAAUUAAAUGCUGAGGUAAACUAUGACUUUGCAUUUUCAUCAGUACAGACCUUAUGGUAAGCAUAGACUUUUGUAUUAGUCUUAAUAGUUUAUUUUUUAAAAAGAAGCCAAAAAGGAUAUAGAAACUGCCAAAUAUAAUGUCAGACUUAUUAAUAAAAGCACGGUCUAAUGUUCAGGUGGAUAAUUAGGCCAUUUAUAAAGGAGCCAGAAGCU